GAAUAGACAAAAUACCUGUUUAAUCAAAUUUUUUUGGUGGGGAGUGGGACUGGGGUUUGAAUUCAGGACUUUGCACUUGCAAAGCAGAUGCUCUACAGCUUGAGCCACACCUCCAGUCCAUUUUGCUCUGGUUGUUUUGGAAAUGGAGUCUCACAAACUAUUUGUUUGAGGCCCAAGUGAGCCUCGAACUGCCUUCCUCUUGAUCUCAUCCUCCCAAGUAUCUAGGAUUAUAGGCGUGAGCCAUCAGUGCUUGGUUAAUCAGAAUCUUUUGAUGUGGUAAAGCAUUUUUCAUAAUUUCACAGUUUAUUUUUUCUAGACUGAAUUGUUUUCCUUAGUAUUCUAUUUCUUUGUAGCCUUGGCAUCUAGUACCAUGUCUGGUGUAGAUGAAAUAUUUUGUAAAUGGCUUGUAGUGAAGUAACUAGCAAAGAAUUUAACAAUAAUGAAGAAAAAACAAUGUAAUAUCUAAGUUGCAUAUUAGGUUGUGUUAAAGAAAAGCCUAUCUAUUGGGAAACUCCCCAAAAUUAGUUAUUUUCCUAAACAAAAAGCUACUACCUAACUUCUCUCCUUAUUGACUCUUGUACCAUAAGGUGAGUUAUUUUCUAGUAGCUUAAAAAUGAAAUCUGUAUCAGCCAUAUUGAAAAUACACUGUUCUGUGUUUUGAGACAGCUUUCUGAGUAUAGUUCAAACUGUAAAAUAUUUUAUAUUAUACUCAAUUACUUUUUUAUUUAUUUAUUUUUUUGGUGGUACUGGGGUUUAAAUUCAGGUGCUCUAUUGCUUGAGCCACUGUGCCAGCUCUCAAUUUUGGUGUUAACUUGAAUCUUAAUUCUUAUGUUUUCUUUCCCAUUUCAGGUAAGACCAUGAAUUAUGGCAUUUCAGGAAUGAAGUGAAUGUCAUAGAAACUAAAUGAUUUUUAAGUUAUGUCUAUUAAUUUGACUUUAGAUAUAUAUAUUUACCUCUUUAGUAGUGCAAGAAGUCUUUGUGGGAAGCAGAGAAGCAAUCAGCUGCAUUUAGUGUGCUCUCCUAAACAUUACUGGAGGAUAAGUCAUAUUGGUCUACAAAGAGGUUUUCAUACAAGCAAAAUAAGAUGUAAAUGGACAAAAAGUGAAGCAGAUUCUUACAGUAACCACUGGUCCUCUCCAAGCAACCAUGGUUUACAUAUUGGAGUUUUGAAACUUAGCACUUCUGCUCCCAAGGGACUUACAAAAGUGAGCAUUCGUAUGUCCCGAAUUAAAAGUACUUUGAACUCUGUUUCAAAGGCUUUUUUUGGCUAUCAAAAUGAAAUGAUUUCACGUUUAAGUCAAUUUAAGCCAAGUUCUCGAAUAUUAAGAAAAGUAUCAGAUAGUGGCUGGUUAAAACAGAAAAAUGUUAAACAUGCCAUCAAAUCUCUGAAAAACGGUGACCAAUCAGAAGAGAAGAAUCCUAUGGAAGAAAAAAUUGAUGUUAUAGAUAAAGAAGAUACAGGAAAACAAAGCCUUUUUCAUUACACAAGUAGUAUAACUACAAAAUUUGGAGAGUCGUUCAACUUUUUAUCAAAUCAUAUUAAUUCAUAUUUCAAACGUGAGGAAAAAAUGUCUCAAGCAAAGGAAAAUAAACAUUUUCCAGACAAAUCAGAACUUGGAGGUGAGAAGGCUGAAGAAGUGAAAUCCAGUUCUGUACUCCCUGGCAUCCUAACUGAUCAGCCGGGCUCAGAAUCUCCCAUGCACACUGUGGACAAGCCUGCCAGUCCAAGUGGGAUGCCUGAGGUUCUUCCAGUUUCCACUAAACAGAGCAUUGCUAGCUUUCUUUCUCGUCCCACUGAAGGCGUACAGGCUUUAGUAGGUGGCUAUAUUGGUGGGCUUGUGCCCAAAUUAAAGUACGAUUCAAAGAGCCAGGCAGAGGAACAGGAGGAGCCUGCUAAACCUGAGCAGGCUAUCAGCAGAGACAAAAUUGCAGAGGAGAAAAAGCACUUAUCUCUUCAGCGAGAAAAGAUCAUUGCCAGAGUAAGUAUUGAUAAUAGAACACGGGCCUUAGUUCAGGCAUUAAGAAGAACAACUGACCCAAAGCUCUGCAUCACUAGGGUUGAAGAAUUGACUUUUCAUCUGCUGGAAUUUCCUGAAGGAAAAGGAGUAGCUGUCAAGGAAAGAAUUAUUCCUUAUUUAUUACGACUGAGACAAGUUAAGGAUGAAACUCUUCAGGCUUCAGUUAGAGAAAUUUUGGCCUUAAUUGGUUAUGUGGAUCCAGUGAAAGGGAGAGGAAUCAGAAUUCUUACAAUUGAUGGUGGAGGAACAAGGGGUGUGGUUGCUCUUCAGACACUGCGAAAAUUAGUUGAACUUACUCAGAAACCUAUUCAUCAGCUCUUUGAUUACAUUUGUGGCGUAAGCACAGGUGCCAUCCUAGCUUUCAUGCUGGGAUUGUUUCAUAUGCCAUUGGAUGAAUGUGAGGAACUUUAUAGAAAACUAGGAUCAGAUGUAUUUUCACAAAAUGUCAUUGUUGGGACAGUCAAAAUGAGUUGGAGUCAUGCAUUUUAUGACAGUCAAAUGUGGGAAAAGAUUCUUAAGGAUAGAAUGGGAUCUACACUAAUGAUUGAGACAGCAAGAAAUCCUAAGUGUCCUAAGGUAGCUGCUGUAAGCACUAUAGUAAACAGAGGGAUAACACCAAAAGCUUUUGUGUUCAGAAACUAUGGUCAUUUUCCUGGAAUCAACUCUCAUUACUUAGGAGGCUGCCAGUACAAAAUGUGGCAGGCCAUCCGAGCCUCAUCUGCUGCUCCGGGCUAUUUUGCAGAAUAUGCAUUGGGAAAUGAUCUUCAUCAAGAUGGAGGUUUGCUUCUGAAUAACCCUUCAGCAUUGGCAAUGCAUGAGUGUAAGUGUCUUUGGCCAGAUGUCCCAUUGGAGUGCAUCGUGUCCCUGGGCACUGGACGUUAUGAGAGUGAUGUGAGAAACACAACAACAUACACAAGCUUGAAAACCAAACUUUCUAAUGUUAUCAACAGUGCCACAGAUACAGAAGAAGUCCACAUAAUGCUUGAUGGUCUGUUACCUCCUGACACAUAUUUUAGAUUCAAUCCUGUCAUGUGUGAAAACAUACCACUAGAUGAAAGUCGAAAUGAAAAGCUGGAUCAGUUGCAGUUGGAAGGGUUGAAGUACAUAGAAAGAAAUGCACAAAAGAUGAAAAAAGUUGCAAAAAUACUAAGUCAAGAAAAAACAACUCUGCAGAAAAUUAAUGAUUGGAUAAAGUUAAAAACCGACAUGUAUGAAGGCCUUCCAUUCUUUUCAAAAUUGUGAUGUGCUUAUGCAUAUGUUCUGUCAUAAGCAGAGGCCUAUUCUGAAGAUCCACUGAAUUCAGUAAGGAAUUGUGGGUUUCUACAUGAAUUGACCUUGAAAUACUUAUCAAUCCUGAGAAUCCUGAGAAAGACGGUGCUUACCAGGUUGCACAGCACAGAGGAUAUGCUUGGUUACAGAAUUCACAUGAAAAUUAGGUUUUUAAGAUGUUAAUAAUUAACUAAGCUUUAGAAAUUUUAUUAUUGUGCUAGUUGGUUUUAGUAGAUAUUGGUGUGAAAUUGUUCAGUAUUUGAAAAUCUAUUAAUAUAUGUGCCAAACAAGAAACUAAAAAAUACUAUACUUUGUAUUUUUCCUUUAUCAUCAUAAUCAUGUUGAAUUUAUGUGAUCACUGAUUUUAUUCCAUGUGAAAAAUCUAAUUUCUUUUUACAUUUACACCAAUGUUUUCACUAAAUGCAUCCUCAAUCUAAUACCUUUUACUGUAAUAUCUAAAUAGAUUCAGAAAAUGGAAUUUUCUCUAUUAAAAUACUUUUACAUUUGAAAUAUGAAAGAACCAGGUUCAGUUUUCUAUUUUAAAAAUUACUUUAAAAGAUAGGUGAAUUCCCAGUGAACCACCCUUCUUCCCUGAAAUUGCAAGAUAGAUGCUGUGUGUCAACUUUUCUAGAUCUAGCUGUAGCUUAUCAUUCUCAGUUACAAACUAAUCUGAGAAAAUAUUCCUAUUAUUAACAAAAAUAAACUAUUGAAAUAAAAA